GUAUAUCAAAGACGGCAAAUCUCUCUCAGCUCUAGGGAAGAAAUAUAGAACAGCAUGAAACUAAUGGGCGUGUUUCUAGCAAUCUUCAUGGGAGCUCUAUUUCCAAUGCCACGAGCAAAACCAAAUAGGAAGCUGACAUUCCUGUAUUUGGCCAAUGAUGUCAUACAGAACAGCAAAAGGAAAGGACCAGAAUUUACGAAAGACUUUGCUCCAGUAAUAGUGGAGGCUUUUAAGCAUGUUUCAAGUGAGUCUGAUGAGAGUUGUAAGAAACACCUUGGCCGAGUGCUCUCUAUCUGGGAAGAAAGGUCUGUUUAUGAAAAUGAUGUAUUAGAACAACUUAGGCAAGCUUUGUAUGGAGACAGAAAGGUGAGGAAGCGCACAUACGAACAGAUAAAAGUUGAUGAAAAUAACUGUUCACCUCGAAGUUCUCCCACUGAACCUCCACAGACCACAGAUCUCAUUAGAGCAUUACAAGAACUAGAAAAUGCUGCCUCUGGGGAUGCAGCAGUUCAUCAGAGAAUAGCUUCUUUGCCUAUAGAGGUCCAAGAUGUGUCCCUGUUAGACAGAAUAACAGAUAAGGAAUCUGGAGAGCAACUUUCCAAAAUGGUAGAUGAUGCAUGUAUGUUGCUGGCGGAUUACAAUGGCAGGUUGGCAGCUGAAAUAGAUGAUAGAAAACAGCUAACUCGAAUGUUGUCGGACUUUCUCCGAUGUCAGAAAGAAUUCCUUGCAGAGAAAGAGCAUAAGCUGGAAGAGUACAAACGCAAGCUAGCCAGAGUGUCCCAGGUACGGAAAGAACUCAGGUCACGCAUCCAGAACCUGCCUGAUCUCUCUCGACUUCCCAAUGUCACGGGCAGCCACGUACACCUACCGUUUGCAGGAGACAUCUACAGCGAUGAUUGAUUACAAGAACAUCCUUCCAUAACCUCUACUUUUCUGUGAAAUGAGGGCUGCUUAGUUUCUAAGUUGGGGGACCAUUCAUUUGUACUCUAAUCCCUUUCUGGAACAUCCGUCUCCAUUUAAAAAGGUUAAUCCCAGAAAUGUGAAGCCAUUUUACAGCUUUAAUUAAAUUGAAAGGUCAUUCUCUAAACUGUCCCAAUUGUUAAAUGCCCAUUAUUAAAAAUUGACGAUGCUAUGUACCAUCCAUACAUGCAGCAACACGAUGAUACAGCCAUGCUAUACAUUGUCUUCCACUGAGAAACCCCGGAGGCCAGCACGGGCUUCCCGCCCCUCUCCUCCACCCACUCCAGCAAAGUUUCUAGAUCUUGAUCAUCUUUUCUCACAGAACAGGAGGAGACAGUUCAGGCCUGUGUGUAAGUCAAACAGUGGAAAAUUAUUGCCGAGUGUUUUUUCAAAAAAGUCCUUUGCAUGGCACAAAUAUGGUAUUCAUCUUCAGGUAGCUGAAUUUGCGAAAAGUCCUUGUUACCGUAGUAUGCACCAGCUUUUAAGUUCACUUGAAGAUACAGACAGGCAUCUGGCAGAUUGCCAGAAAGUUUAGGCUUUCCAGUCAAUCGGAAUUAGGCACGUAAGUGUUGAGGAGUGAUUUAAAAAAAAUGCCUACCUGUAGCUUUGGCUUUUAGAUGACCUUAAAAAUCUGGGCUGCAAGUGUUUGAGUUGGACGUUAUCACCGGAGUAUUUAAUGAUCGCAUUUUGUUCAUGGGUUUGCACUUGUCAGGUAUUGUUUUGCAUCAGUUAAGUUAACAGUUUACAAGUUUAAUGUUCCUUCUUGCAUGAAAGCAUUUUUUUUUUUUUUUUUUUUUUUUUUUUAAAAAUCUAUUCUUCAUUUUCAAAAUCCACAACAAUUCAAAAUAGUCCUGGAGUGAAAUUGUUGAAGAUAGUGAUCUGUCACUUGUUACUGACUUCUACAGGGCUAUUCACUAGAAUACUUGUUGGAUGUGAGUGGAGAAUAAUCUUUCUCUUUAAAAUAGAUACACUUGGACAUCAGCACCUCAGUCCAAUUAUCUUUUUUCAUGGAAGUUGCCAUGAGCCUCACCUCAGUUAAAUGGGGAAAAAAACCCCAAAAGAUAAAAAUACAAGCUGUUGACAUAGCAUUCCAUAGCAUCCAAUGCAGAAUACUAAUUUCAUCAAAAAUGCUGAAAAUAUGCUGAAAAUAGUUCAUCAGAGCUCACUAGCUGUCCAAAGAUUUGUAAGUUUUGAGUGGCAAUUUUCCACUCUAUAGGAAAAAAGAACUAACUAUAAUGAAUCCAGAGGAGUGUUUCUUUAGUUAAGUCUAAUAUGCAAAAUUAAAUAACACUUCAGCAUAGAUUCUUGAUAAGGAAAUGAAUGUUCAGGUACAAUUUUAAUGUUUUAAAUAUUUCUGUUCUAGUACGUUAAACUCAGCUCAUAAAUUCUUGUAUACAUAUAUGCGCAUUACAGUUGCAGUUAAAGCUCAGUCUUGCUAAAGAAUAGCACCAAAUUUGUGAUAAAUAUUAACACAGCUUCAUCUACUAAGAAUUAUAAAACAAAUCAUAAACCAAGGAGGAUAAAUAGUGAGUUCACAGUUGAACACCAUCCAUGGAGGAAAACUUAAUUUGUACCCAGCGGCAUGGCUUGUUUAGAGUUCAUUGAAGGAUCUAUGUCUUGGAUACUCAAAACCAUAGGGAAUUAAGCUUAAACAGUCUUUUGCUACCUUAAUUAAAAAUAAUUAUAAUUCUGAAGUUGAAUGCUGAAUUUUCUUGAUCUCUCAAGAAUAUUAAAAAAGACACGAGACUUACUUCACUCGACUUGUUUUUCCUGUUCGUAACUCUUAGUGAUAACGUCGCUUAUCUACAGAGAACGUAGAACUGAGAAAAGAAUGAGGAAAAAUCUCAACUUCUUCUUGAUGUAUAUAAGUUUUAAUUUUGAGAGAGUGCUAUUUUCUGGAUAUAUUUUUCUUUAUUUCACUGUGAAAUUGUUUACUUCAAGGAAUAUUUCAUAGCUGGGUUUUUGGAAAUGAUCCCUCAACAUUUGUUUGGAAAAGAGGACUUGCAGAAGGUAAAGGUCACUCUUACAGCAAGUGUCAUAUAUUAGUGGCUGAAUGGUACGUUGUUUUUUAUUUAUAUGGGAAAGGCAUCAGGUAUCAACUAGUUAGAAGAUUUAUAUUGUAACUCUAGUAGUAGUGUAGCGGGAGAUAACAUGGUACGGUACAAAUGCAGCCCUGUAGUAUCAAAAAAUACCUCCAAAUUCUCAGGUUCCAAAGCUUAGCUUGCGUACUUCCGACAUCUCAGGAGGAAAAGAGGCUGGGUGGGGAAAGGAAGGGUGCCUAGGAGCUGAAAGGGAGAACAUGCCUGGGUGGAAAUGAGAAGCAAAACAGAUGCCAGCUUUUGUCAAAACAGAAAUAACAGCGUGAAACUGGGCAGCACACUGUUGUAGCUGCAGGUGGGAUUAUACAAUAGACCUGCUCUGUGGCGUUGCCACCCUGGGAAAGAAAACGUGUGGGAGUACCCUGCCCAUCUCUUCAAAUGUGGUCUGACUCUACUCAAACCAGACUUCCCACCCUACAAAAGGCACAAUUAUAAAAUAUCUGAACAUUUUUCAUCUAUUAAGGAAAGCAUAAUAAUUAGAUUAUUUGCUUCACUACAUUGCACUUUUAUUGAGCAUUCUCUGAAAAAAGCAGAGAGAUUCCUGGUGCUCUUUGCCAUAUGGGAAUGUUUACCUUGGAGGUCACUGGGACUGCUUGUAUAUUCUACUGUUUGCAGGCUCAAGCUGUGUUUUUGCAGGAAGUUUUGAAAGCUAUGAGGAAUAUUACCCCACUUCGGUGGUUUUAAAAAUAAAUGUGAAGUCCUUAGUGCAAAAAUUACCAUUCUUAGAAAUUGUGUUUCAUUACUCCUUUUGAAAAUUAAACUACAGCCUGCGGUAACAUUAGCUUGUCUGUUUCACUCCAUUAAUGUUUGUAUUGAUAUAUUAAAACACCUCAGUUAAUCCCUAUAGCAACACAACCCAAACUACAUGCUUAUUACAUAUUUUAUCUGAGUAGUCUCCUGAAUGUCAAACUGAGAGCUUUCGCUACGAUAAAAUUACAUUUCUGUUUACCUGAAGUUUAAAAAGACAGUGCAUUUGGGCUCUACAGCCUCGUACUGCUCUCACAAAUCAGCGGUAGCUCCGUCUGGUACUUCAGUGACGACCCAGAAUGCAUACGUAGGAUGCAGUAGCCCCCUCUGCAGAUGACCAUGGAAGACAUGGAAAUCAUACAUAGGCUUGGUUGGCCCUCUGCAGAAGAGCCGGAUUUCAACCUUUUGAAUUGUAAGCAAAAUAGAUUCGUGGGUGUGGGGUUUUUUUGCAGUGGGAAAAAUUAGUGAACUAGAAAAACCAGCACGUCUAAAAUCUGAUGGUUACGUUUAUAAAUAUGUAGGGCCAGUUCUGCUCAUUACUCAUGCAUAUAAUCAGAGUGACUAUUCCUGCAAGUAAAGAAAGCACACUCAAAUGUAGUGUCUGAAGUGGAAUUUUUUUUUUAAUGAAUGACCAAUUUUGUCUCGGCUCCUAUUUCAGUGUGUCAUUUAUCUUGAUUAAGUAGUAAAUCUCUUCCAUCUUGUUAUUUAGAAAACUAAAUCUGAUUUCAUCUUUACAAUAUUUAAAGUAUCCUACUAAGCAUGAUGUUUUUGUGGGAAUUUGCAAAAGUUCAAUAGCACUCGUUACUUGUUUGCAACAGAAAUAGACUCAUUUGUUAAAAGUUAACAAGAAAAGUUUGAAAUGUAAAGAUGUUUCAUUAUUGUGCUUUUCUGACAGAACGUGUAAUCCUUGUGUAAUUUAUGUCCUCGGAAUAACACCUGUA